UACAAAGUAAUAAUAAUUUAGGAAUAAAUAAUGGUUUUAUAAUUUGAACUUUCUUACUAUACAUUGAGUGAAGAAAAUUAUUGUUUCUGUAACUUACACAAAAAUUCCAAUUCAACAUGUUUAUUUACAUGAGUAAAAAGAUAGCUAUACCCAAGCAAUCAAAUGUAACUUGUCUAGCAUGGAAUCACUCUUCAGGAUACAUAGCAGUAGGGGGAGAAGAUGGAAUGUUGAAAGUUUUAAAACUGGAAUCUGGUGGAAGUGGAAAUCUAUCUAUGAAUCUCAGUUUAGAAGGCCACACAGGACAGGUAUGCGUAGCAAUUUGGAAUGAAGUUUUUCAAAAACUUACUACGAGCGAUGAGCAUGGUGUCAUAAUUGUUUGGAUGCUAUAUAAGGGUUCCUGGUAUGAAGAGAUGAUAAAUAAUCGUAACAAAUCAACAGUGACAAGUAUGGCUUGGGGAUCAGAUGGUCAAAAAAUUUGUAUAGCAUAUGAGGAUGGAGCAGUUAUAGUCGGUUCAGUUGAUGGAUCUCGUGUGUGGGGUAAGGAUAUAAAAGGUCCAGGAUUGAGAGCAGUUCAAUGGUCUCCAGAUAACUCUUUGUUGCUGUUUGCACUCUCUAAUGGAGAACUGCAUCUUUAUGAUGAUCAAGGAAAUUUUAUGAUGCCAGUAGCAAGUAAUGGAGUACCGGGGUCCAUGGAAAUUGUUAAUAUGGAUUGGUAUUCAUCUAAAGCACCACCUAAUAGACCGAUUUUAGUCAUCAGCUAUAGAAGUGGACUUUUGCUUUUAAUGAAAAGUUGUACAGAGGAAGAAAGUGUUGUUGUAGAUACAAAAAUGAAAAUAAUUGACAGUCAAUGGAAUCAUAAUGGCACAAUAUUAGCAGUUGCUGGUGAAACACCUGAACAGAGCAAUGUGGUUCAGUUCUUUAAUUCUUAUGGAGAGCACGUACGUACACUGCGGGUGCCGGGCGGCGCGCUGCGCGCUCUGUCGUGGGAGCAGCGCUCGCUGCGCCUCGCCGUUGCCAUCGACUCCUUCAUAUACUUCGCCAACGUCAAGCCCGACCACAAGUAUGCCUUCUACGGCGACACGCUCGCCUUCGUCUCCAGCGCCGAGACCGUCACCUUCUGGGACACCGUCACGCAUCAGUCAUGGAUAAAUCAUAUACCAGACGUCGUAGAUAUGUGUGGCGUUGACGAAUAUUGCAUUAUAGCUACCAUUAACACUCUCAUUAUAUCAAACCAACAGGGGAUUCAGUGCGAUGCGAAAACAAUAACUAUACCGGUUGCAUAUGUGACUAUCAACAGUAAAGCGAUUGCAGUGGCUGCAUCCAAAGAAUCGUUCUUAAUUUGGAAGUUCUCUACACCGACUAGACCACGUACAACAGAGCAGAUGUACCACGCAGAUGGCACUCCAUUAACGUCGUUGGACGGUGGCUUUCAUGAUGACACCGUUUGCUGCAUCACAUGUUCGGAUACUCACCUCUUGAUUGGAAGAGAUUCGGGGAACAUACUCGUGUUUUCGAUGUUGAACUUUAAGAAAAUUGCAAACAUCAAUUUAAAUGCUAGGCCGUACAAAUUAGGACUCAACUCAAACUCUAGUAAGCUGUUCGCUAUCGAGUCGGGCGGCGCGCUGCACGUGCUGCAGACGGCGGGGGCGGGGGCGGGCGCGGGGGCGGGCGCGGCGCUGCGGCGGGACGCGUGGGCGGCGCGCUGGGCGGCCGACGACGCGCAGCUGCUGGCCGUGGCGGAGAAGGCGCGCCUGUACGUGCUGCGCGACGAGCAGCCCGAGGAGCCGCUCGCCGGGAACGGAUACCUCUGCCGGUUCAAGGAAUUAGAAAUAACGACAGCCCUUUUGGAUAAUAUAACGGAUAAGUGUACGCCCCAACACAUCGUACGAGUUGAGGUCAAAUCGUUGAGGGACACGCGCCAGCUAAUCGAGAAAGUUGGACUGAAAGAAGCCGAAAACUUUAUCAAAGACAAUCCGCAUCCGAAGUUGUGGUUGCUCCUGGCGGAGGCGGCGCUCCGUCAGUUGGAGAGCGGCGCGGCGCUGGAGACGGCGGAGGCGGCGUUCGUGCGGCGCGGCGACUACGCGGGCGUGCGGCUCGUGGCGCGGCUCAACGCGCUGCACUCCGCCGCGCUCCGCCGGGCCGAGCUGCUCGCGCACUUCCGAGACUUCGACGCCGCGGAGCGCAUCUACCACGACGAGGACCGCCGAGAUCUUGCCAUAGCUUUACGGAAACGAUUGGGUCACUGGUUCCGUGUAGUUGAGCUAUUGAAGAUGUCAGUGACAACGACAGAAGCCCAGGUCAAACAAGCGUACAGUAACAUAGGAGACUAUUAUAUUGAUAGACAAAAUUGGACCGGCGCUUUGGAGUAUUACAAUAUGUCAAAUAACAAAGAAGGGCUGAAAAAAUGCUAUAUGGCUCUAGAAGAUAAUGAAUCUUUAUCAAAACUAUUAAUUGGUUCACCGAGACAUGCUAAGGACACAAUCUCUAAACAAGCUGUUGAAAACAAAAGUACCAGUAUGCAAGAACCAUCAGUUCAAAACAUUAGCCAACUAAGAGAAAGUGGUCAACUCUUUCAAGCUGCUGCAAUGGCUUUUCAGUUGGCAGAAAUGGAAGCUUCUAAAGCAUCGUCUCCUUGGCGAAUAAAGAAACUCUACAUUCUCGCUGGACUUUUAUAUCGCCAACAAUCAAUAGGUAGGCAUUUAACUACAUUUUAUUGUUUUAUUCAUUUUAGUGCAAACACUGUUGUUUUUCAAGAUCUAUCAUCAGAGCCGUUAAUACACUUGAUACUAAAAGAGCGUGAUGUGAUCACUCUAGAGGGACCCAUGGCGGCGCGCUGCUGGCGGGCGGCGCGCGCGCAGCACUGGUUGUGCGCGGCGCUGGCGAGCCCCGCGCCCGCGCCCGCUGCGCUGCGCUUUGCCGCGCGCCUGCGCGCCGCGCACGGCUAUCUGCACGCCGCGCAGCACGACCAGGCUUGGUGCACCAUCGCAACUAUAUCUCUGCAGUCUCGAGCAUUCGAUCUUUGCUCGAAAGCUUUAAUUAAACUAGAAGCUUGCAAUCCGGAAAUCUUUGAAAAUAUUGCAAUUGAAAUCUUCACAAGAUACAAACCUAAAGAUGCAAGAGGUAACAAAGUGGAAUGUCCUCAAUGCCAAUUAAGCAUACCAGAUUGGGUCGCAACAUGUCCUGGAUGUUCGAAGGAAUUCCCCGGAUGUGUAGUAUCUGGACGGCCGCUACUAACACCGCACACGAUGUGGACUUGCAGUGUAUGCGAAGCACAUGCUCAACAGCAUGAGCUAGUUUUAAGGCAUUCUUGUCCAAUGUGUCACACGCAAUUAACUUAAAUAUUUUCACUUAGUGUAACUUUUAUCCGUCCAACUAUUUGUUUGUAAGGAAAUAAAAAUUAAAACAUUGUUUCAUCUAA